AUGGCCGAGUCGCGGGAGUCAAAACACUCGCUUUUGCCCUCGGAGGAAGACUUGGUCACUGCGAAACCACAGCGCUCGUGGAACCCACUCGGCGGUCGCGCCUCUAUCAGCAGCGAGUACGCCUAUCUUCCGCCACCCUCCACACAUGAAAGCUUCUCGGAGGAAGUGUUUCGUGAGGUGGGAUUGGGUAUCACGGACCCCUCCGGCGACACGCUGCCUACCCAAAGCAGACGCGAUUCAGUCUCGAGUGCUGAGAGCGAGACUACUACAACCACUCCAGGUUUCUUGAAAACGCCUCAAGGAACCCCAGCUAUCUUACAUUCACACCAUGAACCGGGAAAUUGCCCGACUCGAGCGACGGUCCUUCAAAGCCGAUUCUCGUGGGUCCCGGUGACUAUCUUCGUUCUGGCUUUCUACGCGACUGUUUUCUCUGGCAUAUACCUCGCCAUCGCGAUUCGGAAGCCGAGGUGGAACAAUGUCAGCAGUGAUGGAUCCCUGGCCCCUUCGACGGCUAAUUUGCUGUGCGCGUUCUUUGCCAAAACGAUUGAACUGGCCUAUGUUACGAUAUGUGUCGCAUUCUUAGGCCAGGUUUUGAGCCGGCGGGCCUUGAUGAAGGAUUCGCGGGGAAUCAGCAUAUCGGACAUGAACAUGAGAGCAUGGAUCAUGCAGCCCGGAUCAAUGAUCGUGCAUUGGGAGGCCCUUCGGUACUCGGCUUUGACUUUCUUGGGCGCUAUCGCGUUGGUUGCAACCUUUGUGGCAAUGCUCUACACAACGGCAGCUGAAGCUUUGGUAUCACCAAAACUCUCGAUGGGCCCGAAAGUGAACACCAUUCUUUCGGGUAAGGUGUACACCAGCUUUGGCAACGUUGAAUAUCUUUCGUUGAACUGCAAAAGCCCAAUACCACAAUCAAUGGACCCCUGGGCCCGCAACGAGACCUGCCUGCAAAUGGUUCACGUCGGUCAAGCAUACCACAACUAUGAGCAGUGGAUCACUGCAUGGACAAAUUUCAUAGGCAGUGGGAACGACACGUCGAAUCGUCUGGACUCCCGGCCAAAGCCAACCGGCUCGAUGUGGGACAAUACCACCAUUACAGGCAGCUGGAUUGAAACGAUGAACCUGACCGACCUUUCUCAGAAGCAUGGCCGUAUGGUCAACAAUAUCACAAUGGCAAUGCCACAUGGCGGAAUACCUAUUGCGGCUAUGGAUGAGAAUAAUGAUAUCCGCCAACCACAGGAUGCUUCGGGCGAGGGGAAAUACAGUCUGGAGGCCUCAGUGCCAUCACCCGCGGUCAACGUUCUCUGUGUAGGCAUGAAUAAAUCCGAGCUCUCACCCUUGAUCUACUCUACAUGGCCAAAUGUGCAAUUCAAUGCCACAACAUGGAGUGCUACACCACCAGACGACAUUCCUCGAACCCCAUCCUGGCUCAACCGCACCGUCGUCGAUGACAUCUUCGGAUUUGGCGAGAAAUAUGGCCAGCGGCCUCCCAUCUUCGGCACGUAUCCGGGAUCCAACAAUACAAUCUUGAACACGACCGGUCUCUGGCCAGCGAAUUCACUUUACCUGCUCGGCAAACCAAGCGUGUCGCAUCCUGAAUAUGUACUCUGUGCCAUUCGUGCCAAACAGACUGGAGUAUGCUCAACACGCUAUGUUGCAGCGUCCAGCGGAGCAUUCCUCAACUCUAAUUGUGAGAAUAGCACGAAUCUUCUUCAGUACAGCCGCAAGCAAAAAGACUUCGUUGAAGGUGUCUGGCAAGCGGACUGGAAGAAUGUUGCCAGCGAAUGGGCAAACUCGCUCAGUCUAGGCUCGGGCAUUACCAACGCGCAAGCUAGCAACGAGCGUCUACUCAUGCAAAUGAUGCCCGCAUACGACUCGCAAACCAAAACGUAUUCUCUGAAUCCAUCCCUUCCUUCCAUCGGUGAAGCUCUGGCCGUAAUGGCCGGCAGCACCCUCGUCCUUUCCUCCCAAAACGCUCCCUUCAUCCACGACUUCAAUUACACUGUUCCCGAUGACAUUCUCCCCGAACCGGUCUAUCAAUACUUCCCAGCCUCUCUGCAAGAAGUAGGAUACGCUUCAGGCGGUACCGAGCGCUGGCAGGGGGUGUUCUACGUGAUUCUCGUCUUCGCCUUCCUGACCUCUUUCAUUUGUCUGGGUUUCGUCAUCUUCGAAGCGCGCGGCCAUCAAAUCACAGACUUCACCGAGCCGCAGAACCUGUUCGUGAUCGCUGUGAAUAGCCCUCAGUCUUCGCAGUUGCAAGGGGCGUGUGGAGGUGGUCCUGUCGGCCGACAAAUGAAGGAGAGAUGGUAUAUUGGUAUGGACGAGGCUGAUGCGCACUAUUACAUUCGAGCCAAAAAGGAUGGACAGACCCCGUACACGGAGGCUCGAUCUACGGCGUAUCAAGGGCCUGAACAGAUGGAGGUUGAGGAUGGGAGUGGGAGUAUGAAGGCAAUUAGUCCGGCGAUUGAUGAAUUUCGUCGGGUCUCGAAGCGAUCUUCUUUUUUGGCGAAACUCUACUAA